AUGGUGGCUUGGCCAUGCAAGCCAUGUAAGGCAAGGUGUCGAAGGCAUUGUUCAUGUCAGAGAGGUUUGCCAAAAGCAUCGCAUGAGCCACAUGAGGACUGGGUGCUGAAGGCAUCGCUCGCGCCGAAUUGUGGCGGGAUGUCAAAGGCAACACAAAGCUUGCUUGUUACAAGACAUUGUGGCUGGGCAAGGAGGUGCCGAAGGCGACCUAAGAUGUGGCUAGGCACGAAGGUGCCGAAGGCAACACAAAACUGGCGUGUCGCAAUGCAAUAUGGCUAG